AGAAGGUUGAUGUCGGAGGAGAGGGUCAAUCUCAGCUCUCCUUCUCACUCUCUCCUCUCAGCCCUCCUUCCUCCCCUCCUCCUGAGAAAUGGGGGAGUGUUUCACUAUGGUCCCCAGUCUUAACACUUCAGAGGGGCACUGAGACGCCACACUGAGCUCUGGAAGCUAGCUGUGACGGACAAAAGCCACACACACACACACACACACACACAUUCAGCAUGGAUAGCAAAGUUGUGACGCUGGUGGCCCUGGUGAUGGUCACCAUAUGGAGCCACGAGACUGAUGCAAAGCCCAUUAGUCUGGUGGAGAGAUGUUGGUGUCGGUCCACACUCAACACCGUCCCACAGAGGAGCAUCCGUGAGAUCAAGUUCCUCCACACACCCAGCUGCCCAUUCCAAGUCAUUGCCAAGCUGAAGAACAACAGAGAGGUCUGCAUCAACCCCAAGACCAAAUGGCUUCAGCAGUAUCUAAAGAAUGCCAUUAACAAAAUAAAGAAGUCAAAGAAGCGCUCCAAGUAAACAAACACACAAGGAGGUGUGAGGAGGACCAGUGUGCAUCUCUAACCUUCACAGAGAUACUCGUCCUCUUCAAUCACUCUGAUCUCACUUCCACUUUCCGGACUGCUUGCACAAACAGCACUUCACCUAAACCUGCCUCUCGAGCAUCCAGGCAACCUACCGAUCACCAAACAGCACCAAACACCUUCGUUCAGACACACCACAACUGUUAACUGUGAUCGCAUACUGCUGCAUGUGUGAGCAAGUGUAUGGGCUGACUGAAUGUGAACCUGUUAAUGAACACAAGACAGUGUGUUUGAGAGAUAUUGAAAGGCUUUUCACUUCUUAAAGGAAAAAAGGAACAUUUUGUCAUUGUUUACAUCACCUUUGUGUUCCACGGAACCAAGUCAUACAAGUUUGAAACAACAUAAAGGUGAGUGUGAACUAUACUUUUAAGGGGCAAUAAAAUGGGAAUUUUUGUGUCAAAGCUGUGAGGGAUGUGUUGUUUAAGAGAAGGGAAAGAAAGUUAAAAAAGUGAAAACUAGAGAAAGAGGAUUACUGCCCCUUUUUAAGCUCACAUUUUGCUAUUUUGCCACUCGUGGCUUUAGUCUGGGUGCUAAAAGCUCACCUGCACACAUGAAUGACCGAGCACACAGUCUCUACUGAGAUAGAGGGAGGAUAUUACAGGAGUCAGAACCAUAGUUUCCUCAUUGCUUUUCCUUUUUUCUACUUCUAUGUAAACUCAUAGAAAGGCCAGACACUGAAUUUCAAGAUGUAUGCCAUUUAAAGCAGACAUACUGUGCGUGUAAAGCAGCGUUUAUGUUUAAGGAAUAUUCUGGGUUCAAAACAAGUUGAGCUCAAUUGACCGCAUUUGUAUUGUAAUAUUGAUUACCACAAAAAUCCAAUUUGACUUGUCCCUCCUUUUCUUUAAAAAAAAUAAGCAACUAUCCAUGCUGAGUGACUCCAGUCAGGCUUCCUAAGCAACCAAUUGGACCGGUUGCUAGGGUGGGUAGAGUCAGGUUGGACUUAGAACACAUUGGGAAUUUGUCAUGCCAAAUUGGGGAGAAAAGGAGAGGAAAGGCUUCUGGGUUACAGUGAGGCACUUACACUUACCAAAUUUACAACUUCACUGCCAUGACGAUGUAAUGUCAACAAUCCCUAAAACCCAAAAUUGAUCAUAAAAACAAUGAUUUUAAAAACUUAACAGCUCAAAUAACACAUGAGUUUUAACAGACGAAUUAAUGAAAGUGCUUUUAUUAAAUUAUAAUCUUCACGUUUCUGCAUUUAAACCCUCCAAAUAUUAGCCCCAUUCACUUCCAUUGUAAGUGCCUCACUGUAUCCACGUGUGGAGUGGAGGGGGGCGGGGCCGGGCUAGAAUGUCGCACGCCCGGUCCCCAAUCGGCCUGAUGGGGCGCGCGAGGGAUAAAGGUGACGACGGUGACGACGGUUCGAGAGAGAGAGAAUUACGGGCAUGUCCGUCAUGUGUGUGUUUAUGUUGGUGCUUUUGGUUUAAGUUUCCAUUAAAUUAUCAUUUAUAUUGACAAGCCGGUUCUCACCUCCUACUUGCCCAUCCUUAACCCCCUUACACCACGAUUUUUGCUUCUUCUUUUCUGACGAGUCAAAAUAUUAUUUUUGUGAUAAUCAACAUAAUGUCACAAAUGCUGUCGAUUGAGCUUAACUUGUACUGAACCCAGAAUAUUCAAUAAUGCAAUCAUCCCAUGCCAGCUUAAAAGGAGACUUCACCCAAAAAAUGAACGACAUUGACACAAUACAAUAGCUUUGAAACUUCUGCUUAUGUAUAUCAAGCUAUAUUCCAUGACUCAGGCCUUAAUUAAUAGCAUUUGCAUCACAUCUUUACUUUUGAGUGCCCUCGUUGUGUUUCAUGGUUGUGAUUUGGAUCAAACAAGAACAACCAACAGACCUUAUGUAAUGUAAAUAUUCUCCAGCACUAUACGGCUGUCAGUAAAUGGGUUGAACAUAGACCAAAACUGAAUGGCACAAAUGCAAGUGAUUUGUAGACUAAAUAAUUAUUUACUAUGUAUUCCAAAUAUAUCAUCUUGUGUUUUUAGCCACAGCAUGAAGAGAUAUGACUGUGAUAUUAACAUGUUGAACUAACACACAUUCCUUCUGUUCGGAUAACAUUUGGACUCAAAUACCCAAAUGCUGUUACUUUUCUUUAUUUUACGAGCCACUUCAAAAAUGUAAGGAGCUUAUAUUGUAAUUAUUUAUUUUGGUAUUUUUUACAACAGUACUUUAUGAAGGAAUGUCUUAUACAGAUCACACUUCCACAAUUAGGCCUGCAAAAUACACAGAGGGAAAAAAUGUUAACCUAAAAAAUGUGCUUCAUGAUGUAACAGCUAAACUAACUAGUUUUAUUCAAAUCUUAUUAUUAUUAUUUAACAUCACUAAAUCAGCCUGAAUACAAUAAGUUACACCAUCAAAACUCUUUUUAUGGGUUAGAUGGGUAACAAAUGCAGAUUACCACUUCAUACAGUGUUCUCUACACAAAACAUGAAUGCAAUUACUUGUUUUCACACAUCAUUGUGUUCUGAAAUAUGUCUUUCUGUGCAUUGCUGUUGUAUUUGCGACUGCGUAGAGUAUGUUUCUGGCUUUAUUCAUCUGUCUAAGCUGUAUUAUGUCAGUUUAUAUUCCAGAAGGAUGGGAUGAAAGUUACAUUUUCUUGGAUUGGAUUUGAGAAGUAAAAAUGUGAUGCACGAAUGAUAAAAUCAUUUCACGCCUCUCAAGAAGCUACUGUAGUUUUAAGCUACAAAACAUUUAAACUUGGAUUUUUGGCUGCAUCAACAUUUGUACUCAUAAUUGAAUCACUUUUUUAAUCACUUCAAAAAUACUUCAAUUUUCUACCAGUGAAUUCAACGGUUUUCUGAAUAAAAUGAUAGCAGUUCUAUCAUGGAUUUUUUUAUUGUAUCACACACAUACUGUCUUCCUUAGGUUUAAAAGGAGAAAUGUACUUUAUAUUUGAAAAAGGAAUUGUGGCAGUCAUAUCCUUUUCAUUAGGUCUUUUCAAUGUGCACUCGACACAUGUGUGUUUCUUUUGUUUCUAUGGUUGCCGUGUCUGAAUUUUUUAUUGUAAAAUGUUUUUAUUGUAUUGAAAAUGUGAAGAAAAAAAUUAUGCUUCUCUUUGAUGCAGCUCACUAUGUCAGAAAAGCCUCUGUAUUUUCACUACUUGUCAUUAAGGAUUGAAAUUGAUACAUUUAUAAAUCACGUUUUUUAUAUAAUAAAUAACCAAUCAAUUGUUGUCUGUGGGUUAUGUAAUA